AUGUUCCUUCAAAAACUCCGAUCAUUUUCCUUUCCAUCGAACUCCAAAGCGCUUCAAGGCGACGACAAGAAACACCAUCGACUUUGCAUAUCUCUCAGAACCCCAAAUUCAGAACUCAAGAACCCUCUCUCACCAUCUACAACCAAUUCUACUAACGGUUCCCGUAUUUCUCAUUCCAAGACAGGCACAUGUGCAGAAGUCACCGAGAUAUCCCAAGCGAAUCACGGAGAGGAUGAAGAUCAAGAAGGACAAGAUUUCAGGGAAUAUUUAGAAAAGUGUAGGAAGGCAGAAGAGGCAGAGGAAAGGAAGAAGAAAAAGAUGGCGGCAAUAGAGAAGAAGAGGAAGGAAGUUGAUCUGAGUCCUUGGGCUGGAAGAAUGUGA